ACAAUGUUAUUCUUUUGGGGAAGAAAAUCUGUUUCCAGUUUCAUCAAUUUUAUUCAUACUUUAAACAUGGAAAACGCUUGUUGACAUAUAAUAAAAUUAAAAUAUGUGUUGAUAAUUAAUUUUGUUAUAUAUUUGAUUCAAUUGCAUUUAUAGAUUCUCUGAAUUCGUGAUAAAAUAUAAAUUUUGAGAAAAUUGAGGUAGAGAAAGUAUUCUUAUUCGAGAUUAGAAUAUCGCUACUCUAAUUGUAGAAAAUUCAGCUAGUUAAGAUGCUUUCACAAAGUGAUGCAGGUGAAAAUUUGUUACAUCUAUAGGAGAAACAUCACUUAAUACAGUCACUCAAAAGGGGAACAUUCAGCUUGUUGAGAUUCUGUUACAGAAUGGUGCCGAUGUCAAUAUUGUAAAUCAACGUGGAUAUACACCACUUAAAAUCCCCUCGGUAAAGUUAUGCAUUUAUCUUGUUGAGAUUCUUUUACAAAAUGGUGCCGAUGUAAAUAUUGCAGAUAAAUAUGGAGAAACACCACUUCAUAUCGCCACCCAAUUGAGGAACAUUAAAAUUGUUGAGAUUCUUUUACAAAAUGUUGGUGCUGGAAAUAGAAAUAAUUUGGAAAUGGUUACAUUGUUAAUGACGAAUGCAAUUCACGCUGCAAACAGAGAAUAAGGCGAAACUCCCGUGGAUUUGGCAAUAAAAAAGGAUUUUUUAGAUAUUGUAAAAUACUUGACAGAAAACGGCUUAAAAAUGAGACGUAAAACUUCACUUGAAGAAGCACUUUGCUCUGGUAGUUUGGAAGUUUGGAAAUAUUUAUUAAAAUGCAAUUCAACAAUAGUUGCAGAAACAUGUUCUUGCGAUUUUGAUCUACAUUCAGCUGUGCGUGCGGGUCAAGUCGAAAUUGUUGAGGAAAUCGCAAAUAAAGAAGCGAGUAAAGUAAAAUCUGAUCGUAGAUCUUGCGGAUGUGCAGUUUAUAUUGCUGUUGAAAAUGGAAACGAAGAAAUCCUUAAAAUUCUAUUAACAGCGGGUUUUUCAAUUAGAAGUUUUCUUGGAUUAAAUCCUCUUCAUGUGGCAGCAACAUUCGAGCAUACACGAUUAGUAGAUAUACUCUUGAAAUUUGGUGCCAACAUUAAUUCAAAAACAGAUGAACAAAAAAUCACCCCAUUGGAUUUUGCAGCAGCUGCAGGUCAUGCAAAUAUGGUUAAAUUUCUUUUAGGUUUCGGGGCUGAUCCAAUGGAAAAUGGGAGUAGUUUGACUUCACUUUAUUAUGCACUGCACAGAUUACCAGACGAUGCUAGUGAAACGAGCGUUACUCCAUUAAUCUUCCAAAAUUUGUUAAAAAUUACAGAGAUGUUAUUAAUCGCCGGAGUUAAUAAAAUUAAUAUACGUGAUUGUGAAAAAAUAAUAGUAAAUGCCUCUAAAUUAAUAGUUUCUAGCGAUGAUGAACAGACUUCAUCUUGUUUGAAAGAAGUAUCAAACGAAGGGAAUGUAAAUGACGAGAAAAACAACAAGAAUAGAGAAUUUCAUCCUGAAAUUAUCAGAUGCUUGCUUAAUUAUUUACCAGAAAAUGAAGUCAACUGUGUCUUAAAUAAAUUUUCAUUAUCUUACAGUUCAAAAAUUGUAUUUGUUAUUAUGGAAUAUUAUGAUUAUAGAAACACAUAUUUUUUGGGCAUAAAUUAUUGGAAAAUUGUACAUAUGAUCGAUCGAAUUGAGGAUAUCGAUUACCUUUUAAAGAUUUCGUGGCAUUAUAAGAUACAUAGAAAUAUUUUUAAAAUGAUUGUUGCGCGACUAGAGUUACUUCUCUGCGAUCAACAAGUGGUGAAAAAGAUUUCAUUUUAUAAUCUAUGCAUGAUAUACUUCGAUUGGCGAGAGGAAUGUCAACAAUAGAUAAUAAAUAUGAAAAACACAAAAAUUAUUGAUGAAUCAAAUGUUACUUUUUACGAUAUUCUAAUGAAAUCUGUUAAUAAAGUUACAAGUAAAAUAAGAAACAAAAGAUUUUUAAAUAGCUUAGAAUUAUCGAUCGAGAAAUUUCCAAUUUAUGCUGACUUUUUUGAGAUACGUGUUAGGAAUUGUAAACAAAGAAAUGAAUUAAUCGAUAUGUGCGUAGAUAGUAUGUUCCUUCUCAUUAAAAGGAAUUAUAAAAUUAAAUUUUCUUCUGAAGAAAUCGAAGAAAUUUUACAAUAUCUUUCAGUAAUCGAACUUCGAAAAUUAUCAAUGGCGUGUUCUUCAUUAUUUGCAUAUUAAAAACUAAAAAAAGGUGAUAAUUUGAAUUAUUUUCAUUUAAGUUGUCGCUUUUACUACUUGUAUUUUUGUACUUAAAAUUAUAUCUAAGAAAUUAAAAAUUACUGCGCUUUAAUUUACUCACCUUCGAAAAAGGUGACAAAAAUUUGCAAGAAUGGAAAAUAUUUCGUUGAGCAUGAUUAAAUUUUAUUUUUAAAAUAAAUAAUAAUUUUUAAUUUAAUUAAUCUUACAAUAAAAUUGAAUUUAAGAAGUUUCAUUAUUAGAAUAAUGAAGUUAUUAAUAUAACAUAUUAGAUUUAUUUUUAUUUCAUCAUAUCUUAAAAAAUGUAAGUCAUCAAUUUUUGUGCAACAUAAAACAAAAAUUAAUCUAUUUUAAUUUUUUUAGAUUGAUUAUAAUUACGGGUUAAUAUUUUAUAUAAAGAGGGGUAUUAGAAAAUGUAAGUGCAUAAAUUAUAUAAAAUAAUAUAUAUUUUUAUGUAAAUAUAUUUAUACAAAUCAAUUAAAUAAAGAAGAGGCAGUUGAAACAGCGCACGAUCAGUUUUCUACUGCAAAAUAGAUAUUUUUCAAACUUAAAA